UUUUAGACGAUCUGUUCAAACAUCUAAACUCCUAUAGUCCAGCGGGGCUCUACUCCGAUCCACAAGGAAUUAAAUUGCGUAUAAAAAGGCGACCGAAAAAACCAAAUCGACACAUUCGCCCUUCAGGUAGAACUUCACCUAAGAGAAAAUGAAAUUCUUUACCGCAAUCAUUCUAUUGACUGUGGCUGUGGCCAUGGCUGACAGAGAUGAAGAUGCCUGGAACUUUUACAAGUUCCAAUUCGGCAAGAGCCAUUCGCCAAAGGAAGAAGCCACCCGAAAACAGAAUUUCCUUGCCAACCAGAGAGCUAUCGAGGCACACAACAGAAAGAAUACCGAGUGGCAGAUGGGAGUCAACAAGUUCUCCGAUAUGUGCGAAGAUGAAAAAGUGUCGCUGCUCGGAGGCAAACCCACGAUCCGUCGCGAGAGAUUGAUUUCCAGAGAAGUGGGCUAUCCCGUUCUCGACCGAAAUCUUCCUGCUUCCAUUGAUUACCGCACUCACAAAUGCAUGCAGCCAGUCAAGGAUCAAGGCCAAUGCGGAAGCUGCUGGUCUUUCGCUGCGAUCGUUCCCCUCGAAUUCAACACUUGCAACAAAACUGGCACCGCAGUCGCACUGAGCGAACAGAUGUUGGUCGACUGUGACACCGGCAACUUCGGCUGCGACGGUGGAAUGUACGACCGCGCUUGGGAAUACAUUCAAGCAAAGGGCGGUGUCAUGAAGAGCUCAUCCUACGCUUACACUUCCGGAUCUACCGGAACUGCAGAAACCACUUGCAAGUUCGACAGCACCGCCGUUGGCGCCAAGGUGGCUUCUUUCGACUGGGUCAUGCCGUACCCCGACCCCACCGCUAUCAUGACCAACUUGCAGAGCAACGGACCUCUUCCCAGUAGCAUUAAGAUCCUCGACUCUUUCUACAGCUACGCAUCUGGAGUCUACAGCGAUCCCGCGUGCAUCGUUGCUGACGAAUACGACAUUCAACACACCGUCGUUAUCGUCGGAUACGGGACCACCGUCGCCACGUCCACCGUUCCGGCCACUCCCUACUGGAUUGUCCGCAACUCCUGGGGCAACGGAUGGGGUCUCUCCGGCUACUUUUACAUCCAGCGUGGCGUCAACAUGUGCAACAUCGAGUCAUGGACUGCUUACGUCAAAAUUCUCUAAAAAAAAGGAUGAACGUUUCCAGGAAUUCAUCUGAUUUUUCUACAGCUAAAAUUUCGGUGUCGAGAGAGUUGCUUUCAUUUCUUUUAAAUUGGAUUUUUCGUUUGCAUUGAAUUUGACCAAACAAAAAUUCUAAUAUAAUAAACAAAUUAUUUAUCCUC